AUGCAGAACAUUGAAACCCUCCGUAAUGGAGGCUAUCGCGGCCAAGGUCUGCAAAAGCUAAAAAUCACCGGCACUUUGGACCAAUUCCCCUCAGAAAUCUUGGACUUAGCCGAAACCCUCGAACAUUUGGACCUCUCCGGGACUGGCAUUUCUGUCCUCCCCGAUGACUUUGGCCGGCUGCGCAAGCUCAAGGUGGCCUUCUUUUCCGACUGCCGGUUUGCCAUAUUUCCCAAGCAGCUGUCAGAGUGUCCCGAACUCGAUAUGGUGGCCUUCCGCUCCAACGGCAUGACCGCCAUCCCAGAAGAUUCCUUGCCACCUAAGCUAUGUUGGCUCAUUCUUACAAACAACCGCAUCGAGGCACUGCCUCAGAGCAUCGGCCGUUGCUCCCGACUCCAGAAGUGCAUGCUUGCCGGCAACAGUCUCACGAGCCUCCCGGAUGAGAUGGUGGCCUGCAGCAAACUUGGCCUGCUUCGUCUGUCCGCCAACAACUUUCCCGACUUGCCAAAGUGGCUUUUCGAACUCCCCGAACUCGCCUUUCUAUCAGUUGCUGGCAACCCCUGUUGCUCUGUCAGUCUCGAGGAAGAGCUCGCUCUGCUACGCAAGGUCAACUGGGAUGAUGUUGAGAUGAGGGAGUUGCUGGGCCACGGAGCCUCUGGCGACAUCUUCAAGGCGCGGUGGAUGCUCGCUGACUCGGUGGUAGAGGAGGUGGCCGUGAAGCUGUUCAAAGGGGAGGUGACAAGCGAUGGGACACCUCUGGAUGAAAUGGGCGCCUGUUUGGCAGCAGGAUCUCACGAUAACCUCAUCAGCACGUUGGCCAGCAUCCAGGGCCAUCCAGAGAAGCACGGUCUCAUCAUGCAGCUCAUUCCACCUCACUACCAGAGCCUAGGCCUGCCGCCUUCCUUGGAGACUUGCACUCGAGACCGGUACGAGCCAAGCAAGAAGUUGUCAGUCAAAGUUGUCCUUGAGCUCUUGAGUGGCGUUGCUGCAGCUGCUCUUCAUCUUCACAGCCGAAAGGUUUCUCACUGCGAUCUCUAUGCGCACAACAUUCUCUUCAACGACGAUGGGCACGCUCUGCUGGGCGACUUUGGGGCAGCGACAAUCUACGAGCACCUCGGUAGAUUUAACUUUGAGAAGCUGGAGGUACUUGCAUUCGCUCACCUUAUUGAUGACAUGCUCGGGGUUGUUCGCGUCGAGGAUAGUGAUGGCAGACAGCAGACUCUGCAAAGCUUGCGGGAGUUGCACACUCGCUGUUCCAGCUCAGUUGUCUCUGAGAGGCCUACCUUUGCCAACGUGGCCGAUUCUCUCGGAGCCUUGCUUUGA